UUCCAAAGCUCUUUUCUCCCGUUAUGGCUCAGAACUGAAAACAGGAUUACCUCAUGCAUCUCAUCAUAAAAACACAUGUUGCCUCUGAUCAGGAUUUUCAACGUUGAGUCUGUGGGGAUUUAAUCAGGGUUUACAGUGCAAGUGUUAGGGCUGGCCAAAGGACGACCUGCCAAACAACAUCUGCAUGGACUGAGAUCUGUCCUCCAUCAGACUAGACUGGGAGCUACGUGGACACUUGGAUUUGAGGACACUUUGGACCGCCGCUGUGCCGUCUGCGAUGUUGAUGACACUCUGCUGCUUCCUCGAACCCCACGGGUUGGGCUGGAUCAGAAUGGGAGGUUAAAAGGGCAAAUAACAUCAUGGGAGGCAAACAAAUGAAAUGCCUCAGUUCAUCCAGUCCAGCACACACACCCAAGGAAGAGUACAUUAUUGCCAAAUCUGAAGAUUCAGGAGAGCUAGUGUUGAACCACACAGAGCAACCACAAAGCCUAGAGGAUGUAGUGAAAUCCUCAGCCACAGAGCCAUCCCCUGACCCAGGGCAUGAUGGGACAGAGGAAAGCAGCACAUGGGAGGAACAGCUAUGUGCCCAGCAGGAACAGCUGGAGAAGGAGAUGCAGGAGACCAGGAAAAUGAUGACCAGGCUACAGGCCUUACUGCUGCAUGGCUCUCUACCUGAAGACGAGCAGACAUCUACCCUGAGCUUUGGAGACAGUACCAGCUCAGAGCAACAGCUGAUUUUAACCAGGAGUCGUCUGGACCAGAGUGUGGAGGAGUCUUUAGAUCUGAAGAGAGAACUUUUAAGAUACAAGCAGGAGGCACGUAAUCUGCAGGCUAUAAAGGAUGCCUUGCAGCAGAGAAUGUCUGUGCAGGAGGACUCAGUGCUGCAGCUCAAGCAGGAGCUUCUCAGAUCCAGCAUGGCCAGAGAGGAGCUGGAGGGACAGAAUGUCGAACUAGAAAGAAAGCUGAGUGAACGGAACAGAUUGCUGAGUGGAUAUAAAAGGGAUGAGCUACAGCUGGUGCGAGAUGCUCUGCGCGGUCUGGGGGACAGUUUCAGUGGUCAUGACCCGCAGCACCACACGCUGGACACGCUGGAGCAGGGAGUGAACAAUCUGGUGGACCGCCUCCACACCACAGAGAACAAGAAAAGGCAGGAGAGAAAGGCAAGGCCGACGUUUAACUGUAUCCACACUGUU